GUCUCUGUCCUUAAGCACCGUUUCUUAGCCACUUUGCGUUGCCUUCUAGCUUGUACCCUCUUCAGAUAGUAUAACAAAGAACUGCGGAUGCUGGAGGUCUAAAACAGAAACUGCCGGAGAAACUCAGCAAUUCAGGCAACAUCUGUAAGAAGACAGCCUACUCCCCGCCCAAACCCUAUCACCGACAGCCCCUAUCUGUAUGACGCUGAUCCCCGGCCCUCUCUUGCCCUGCCCCUCGACCGCACGCCUUCUGCCCUUCCCCCUCGGUGCCGCUGAUCAGAGGGAUCCGAGUACUACAACGCCCAGAAGGCCUUGCGUUUGAUGCAUUCUCUUCUCCCAGGGCGAAACCUGACAAUUAGGAGACUGGAAAGCUUAUAUUAGGGAUUGGUAUAUAAUUGAAUACUGUAAGCUAGUUGCGUCUGUAUUGCCGAAAGUAGGCCCAGACCAAAAUGGAAGACGGUAAAACGGAGAAUAUGAAGGACUUGGUGGACCGGCUGACGUUAGGUGUAACCAGGAUACUAGAAAGUCGUCCAGGUGUGACAGAAGUUAGAUAUGUAGAAAAGGAACCAGCAGAGCGACAUACAAUUAUCUCAUGGGAGCAGAAGAAUUGCUGCUUACUCCCAGAGGAUCUGAGGAACUUUUACCAAAUGACGGAUGGCUUUUUGAUGACCUGGAGUAUAAAAUUUGAUGGCAAUAACAUGCAGUUGGGAACAAUGGUAAUCAAUAGUAUUUCAACACUUUGUCGACUUGGCACUACAUCUGUUUACAGCUUGCCUAGUGCACCAACUCUGGAUGACCUCGAAAAUGAUACAGACGAUGAAGAUAAAGAAGAGUCUUUGGAAAAACCCCAUUUUAAUUCGAAAUAUCGAAUAUUUGAACUGGAUUGCUGCAAUGGGAAUGGCAAAGUCUGCCUGGUUUACAAAAACAUCCAAUCAGGAGUUGUAUCUUCUCACGCAGAAAUCUGGUUCUUGGACAGAGCACUUUAUUGGCAUUUUCUAUCAGAUACGUUCACAGCCUACUAUCGACUUAUGCUUGUUCACUUAGGAUUGCCCCAAUGGCAGUAUGCAUUAACAAAAUAUGGGGUUAGCCCUCAAGCUAAGCAAUGGUUUAAUAUGUACAAGCCUGUUGCCUAUAGUGCCAGUCUUGUAGCAGAGGAUGAUACUACUUUUAUUAACAAGUUGGAUCCCAGUCAAGUCUUUAAGAACAGAACCAAGCUCCAGAAUGCAAAGAAAAAAACUUCUGCACAGCUACCUGGGCCUCAGAAAAGUCAGACCAGCCUGGUCACUAGCAAGAAUAUAUCUCAGAUCGGAAGUACAACAAAAAAGUGAUUCAAUCAUUUUUAUGUUAUCAUCCAUCACAAUUGCAACAUAGUUUUCCCUCUUGGUAUAGCCAGGAUCACUAUCUGAACUGCUGUGUGUACAGUUCUGCCACAGAAGGGUGAGACAUAUGUUAUGAAGAUAAGAAUGCAAAACUGUAUGUUACAAACGCAGAAAAAAGCAGGGCUUUAAUGUUAAUGAAAUGCAUCACGAUGCAAAUGCAUGAUUUGCAAAUAUUGCUGGAAAUGUUAAAAGAAGCCCAGCGUCAUGAAGUUUUUAUUGAAACUGUUUGGGUACACAAUUACUGAAUCCACUCUUCUUUCUAAUAAGUUGUUUUAUUUCAAUUCCACAGCUGUUUGAAGCCUAAAUGAAGUGUGUGUUCUGUAUGUGGUGUCUGGGCUAUUAUGAGUUUUCUUUGUCAUCUUCCUCACAUCAUUAUGUUGCACAAAAAAUAAGGUAGGCUGCAAUGAUCAGUCUAGUACAAUAAGAAUGCUGAUGGUAUCCCAGGACUGAUGAACCACCAGGAUGUCUUCAGCGUUUGUCUUGUACUAAAUUGUUUGUUAUAUUUUGUCUCAAUCCAAAAGUUCCAUGCACGUUCAGUUUAACCAGAAAAAGCAGGCAUUGUACAAACAGGCAAAGGCUCUUGUCAAACAAAUUCCUCUACGUUUCAAAAGGGCAACCUUUUGGUUGAACACAAGUUUAUCUUUUAGUUAAAAAAUAAUAAAAUUAUAUUCUUAUAGGACCUUAACCACUGAAAAAUAGCCAACUUUGCAUAUUUUCAACCCUUAGCAUGUAAUUGCUGAUAAAGUUACUCAGAAGAAAAGUUAAUCAGUUAGAUUGGUAUGGGGAAUUUCUCUUUGAUCCCUUUGCGGGUUUAAGUAAAUGAAUCUAAAAUGCCAAAACAAAGAUGGUCAUGUCAACAAUAUUUUUUUUCAAUUCUGUGCUGCUUAGUGUCUUUCUUGUCUAUAACGUAUCUGAAUAUAAUCCAAGCAAACUAAUAGAAAUGUCUAAUAUACCUGGGCAGCCACUAAUUAUCUGAAAUGAAUUUUAAUGACUGUGGGAAGGUCCCCAUCUCAUUUCAGGUUUAAUCACAAAUUUUUAAAACUUUUCAGAUCACAUGUCAAGAAAUCUAAUUAGGGAGGUUCUUGACCUUGUAUGUCUGGUACUUAAAAUUAAUUCAUAUAAUGACCUUACAUUACAGUAUUAUUUUCCAUUUAAAACUAAAAUAGUAUUGUAGCUGUAACUGAUCUUUGAUACAAGGAUAUCACGGCCUGACUUCACAGAACUGCAACUGAAACAAAUGUUUUCCAUUUCCUUGUGAUUGGCAACAGAUUUCCAGGUCAUAUCUGUCCGUUCAUGUUUAUGCUGCAAAAUUUGAUGCCAAAGAGAGUCAGCUUUCAAUUCCAUCUCUUGAACGUACUGUUCAAUCAAAAUUAUUCAGUUUUUUUCAAACAGUUUUCUGUGGCACCACCUGUUGCUAUAUUCAAAUUAAUAUGGCAUUGACAUUGUGCUAUCAACACACAUGGUAACAUUGAUAUUUUGACUUUUAUAUAAGUCAUAUGUUCAUGAAAAGUGCAGCACAGAUAUACUGUUGGUAUUGCUGUUUAUACCUAUCUUGCCAAAAUUAGAGUAUUCUAUUCAUAUAAUACAAAUAGAGACUUCGGAGUAUAUUGGUAAUAUAAUUUUAUUUAACUUUAUGUAUAUUUUCUACCUACCUGGAAUACUGAAUAGCAUUUAAAUGUCACAUAUAUUAAGUUGUUGUUCAUAAAUAUUUCUUUAUAAAUGUAUGAUCAUUACAGAAGACCAGUAAUCAGUAUUGUACACGUUGUGUUGUAUCCUACAUUGAAUGUCUAUGUUUAGUAUAUGUUUAGUGAAGUGCCACGCAGAUGGUACGCUUUAUUAUUUGCACAGUGAAGAAAAAUUGCACUGCAAAAUCACAUAGGAUUUGAGAUGUUUACAUUGGUUUACAUUUUUGGAAGGAGUUGAAGUAACUUUUAGCAAUAUUUGCAAGAUUCUUUUCUAUGCAUGUCAACUGUAAUAACUCCUUUCUUUUUAAAGUUUCCAUUAGGAGAAUAGAAAAUGAAACACAAACUAUUUUCUAACUUGCUCGGUUGUAUUUUGACCAACUUAAGUUAUUUAUUUGUUAGCACCUAUUAAUUGAGUACAGUUCAUACAGAGAACAAAUUUUAAUGUUUGCAGCCUAUAUCAUAAAGUAAUUUUCCAUACAAUUGUAUAACUUUCUAUUUCAAAUUUUUAAAUAAUGUUAGUUUGCCCUCGUUUCCAGCUAUCUUAAUUCUUUAAAUGGAAAUACAGCCUAUAUAUUAGAAACAAAUUUGAGUUGUCAACAAGAGAAAUCAUGUGCACAAUCACAUUUUUGAAUGAUUCACAGUAAUAACUUCCUCUUCUUCAAGAUGGACUUGUUUAUUUUUUCCAGAAAUUUUUCUGCUGAAUAAUCAUAAAACAGUAUAACUGGGGUCAUAGAGAUGUACAUCAUGGAAACAGACUUCUUCACUCCAAGUUGCCCAAGCUACCAGAUAUCAUAGAUAAAUCUAGUACCAUUUGCCAGCAUUUGGCCCAUAUCCCUCUAAACCCUUCCUCUUCAUAUACCCAUCCCGAUGUCUUUUAAACGUUGCAAUUAUACCAGCCUCCACCACUUCGUCCAGCAGCUCAUUCUAUACACACAUCACCCUCUGCGUGACAGUUACUCCAUAUAUCCCUUUUAAAUCUUAAAUCCUCUCACCUUAAAACUAUGCCUUCCAGUUUUGGACUCCCCUCACCUUAGGGAAAAAACCUUGGCUAUUUGCCUUAUCUGUCUCCUUCAUGAUUUUGUAAACCCCUAUAAGGUCACUGCUCAGCAUCUGACACUUCAGGGGAAAAUAACUCCAGCCUAUUCAGCCUUUCCCAAUAGCUUAAACCCUCCAACCCUGGCAACAUGCUUGUAUAUCUCUUCUGAACCCUUUCAAGCUUUACAACAUCAUUCCUAUAGUAAAGUAUACAUACAUGAGGGAGAACUGGGCAUGAAUGUGAGGCUAUUUGAAGUAUGGAGAUAGCUUUCAAAGAAUAAAAAUUGCUGAAAGUGUAGUUUGCAUUUUCUUGAGCAAGGCAUUAAUUUAUGGCUUAUUUGGAGGUACUUCAUCCUCAGCAAAAGUGUAAAAGUCUCACACACAAUGCUUAGAGACAAUGAAAUCCGUUAUUCUCAAAAGAAGCCAGAGUUACGUUUUGCAAAAGUUACAGGCAAGGUGUAACUUCUAGCGUUGGGGAAACAAUUUGGUAGGCAAAAGUAGACACUAGCGCCUAUAUAUAGCAUUGAAAAGGAUCACAUUUGUUCACACUAGAUUAGAUUUAUUUCUGACAUACUGAGUAUAGAAAUAUGUAAGUAAGCGAAAAGUGCACAAAGUUGCUAUUCACUGGCACCCACUUGCUUACAAACAUCAGAAUUAAAAGAUUUAACAGAGCCAAAAGGUAAGCAAGAUAAAAAGGAAAAGUACAGAUCUUAGAGUCCCAAGUCCCAUCAUCCAAACCGUCUUGAUGUGACAAAGAAGGCCAAGCAGCAUCUUAAGAGGACAAAGCUGAAGUUUCAGUUUCUGAUGAAGGGUCUAGGCCCGAAACGUCAGCUUUUGUGCUCCUAAGAUGCUGCUUGGCCUGCUGUGUUCAUCCAGCUCCACACUUUGUUAUCUCGGAAUCUCCAGCAUCUGCAGUUCCCAUUAUCUUUGAUGUGACAAACUUUGUGAUAUUGUCUAUUAACAUUUUGGACUUAUUCCUACUCUUGUUAAGAAAAUCAGUGAUAUGCCCACAGGAAGUCAGGAACACAGCAGGACAGGCAGCAUCAAAGGAGCAGGAAAGUUGACAUUUCAGGUCGGGGCCCUUCUUCAGAAAUGGGCUUUCCUGCUAUUCUGAUGCUGCCUGGCCUGCUGUGUUCCUCAAGUUCCACACUGUGUUAUCUCUGACUUCAACGUCUGCAGUUCUUAUUAUUUCUGCCAUAGGAAGUCAUAUGUUUUAAAAAGUGUUCUGUGCCAGCAUUAGAAGAAGUUGUGGAGAGCUAAUUUCACUGAUACUUUACUACAAAUUUCUGCUGAGUAAUGCUUCUGUAAACACCAUAGCCGUGGCUGCUUAGUAGAAUUUUGAUUAACAUUUUGGGAAGUAAUUACCAGGAAAUGAGGGGUGUAAAAACAUCAGUAUUAUGUGUACAGUUGUUUUCAUGGUUUCUUACCUAUACAGGCACUGUGUGCACAUCUAUGCAAAGCACA